GCACAGAUCCAUGACAGGAAAUAAUAGGACAGUCUAGAAAAUAUUUUUAGGGUCACCCGCCAUAGUUCCCAAGGCAAUGAGCUUACCGUCUACCGCCGAUCUCAGCCACGCUGGAUUAGACGCGUUCUAGGCCACACAUUGGCGGUUACAGCGGGAAUCCCGGAGGCUGCCCGUAGACGCGACACGGGUGCAGGCGACAACGCGCUGCAUUAUGGCGUGGUUUCGCAUCCCGUCGCUCGCUCGCGUCGCUAACGUUUCGCUGCUGCUCAUUCUGUCGCUAGCGUUCGUCGCAUGCCGUCGCACGGCGGCCGUCGUGCUGCUGGUGGAGGGGAAGGAGUGCCUCACGGAGCACCUCGAGGCGAACGAGGCGAUCACAGGAAGCUUCGUGGUAAUCGACGUCGACAGCGCGUGGCUCAGCGACGCGGGAACCAUCGAUUUCGAGAUUAUUGGCCCGCACAAUCUGAAGCUCUACAGUGCGAAGCACAAAUCCGAAGAUAAUUUCCAGUUCAGGUCGAUGUACUCAGGCGAUUACAGCUUCUGCAUGGACAACACGGACCACAUGGCUGCUACCGUGCAACUCAACUACCACAUCGGCCACAAGCCGCACACCCAUGAGGUGGCCAAAGAUGAGCACAUGCAGGGAGUCCUUGGUCAGGUGGAAUCAAUCCGCUCUGGCCUGGUGCUAGUGCAGCAGGAUCAGGCCUACUUCCAAGCCCGCGAUGAACGGCGACGGAGAACAAAUGAGAGCACCAAGCAGCGUGUUUUUUGGUAUGCACUGCUGGAAGUUUUGGUGCUUGUUCUUGCGAAUGGGGCUCAAGUGCUCAUUCUCCACCACCUCUUCAACAGAGCUGCUGCCAGAAGCCGCAAGUGAUAAUUAGUAUAUCUGCGGGAUUUACCUUACCGUUUGGUAUCUCUAGUUAUGUUAUUCUAGUCUCGCUAUAUGUUAGUAUCCGUGUACCUAGUAGGAAGAUAAGUUUCUUAGAUGUUAAAACCACGGGCUAAAAUAGCAUAGGGGGGGCUUCAAGAGCGCCGUUCUUGAAGAUGGUUCUUUUGAAAAAAAACGGGUUCCCAGUACGAUUUUGCGAGGUGCGUUUUUUGGACAGCUGAACAAUGAUACAAACGUAGUGGUGCCGAUUUGACGAUUGUGCGACGAGAAACAUCAACACAAGUUGCAGCGCGAAAUGGAAAUGUCAGCAAAGGUCAAGACUCGGGAGGAUUUCGACCGUCGAAUUCGCGGAUUCUGUUGUGAUUUGACGGUCAGAAUCCUCCCGAGCGAAAUCCUCCCGUCGAAGUCGCGGAUUCUGUCGCGAUCAUGACGGUCGCAGGUGCCGCACAAACCUGGCCUUGACUAUAGCACUCAGCAGGGAUUGGCCAACGACGAUUGGUUUGUGAGUUUCGUCGUAGCGGAUGCUGUACCUCGCUAACAGUCGCUCCGCGCAGUUUUGAACACACAUGGCCUAAAACACUCAAAUUCAAAUUGCAUUUUACAUAACACAUGGGCACUAUAUUUUUCCGGGCCACUGUUAACACCCAGUCAUUUUUUUAGUGAAUUUUUAUAUA